AUGUUGAAGAUACUAAGAAAUGGCCCCGUUUCGCGAUCGAAGCCGCUGAAACAAGUGCGUUUUGCGGGCGAUGGAAGCAGCCCUAAUCAAGCACGUGUUGUGGUAGCGGGUGCCGGCCUUCUGGGGAACUCCGUCGCGUAUCAUCUGGCGGACAAUGGUUGGAGUAAUGUGGUGGUGCUUGAUCAGAGCAAGGUCGGCAGUGGAACUUCCCAUUUCGGGUCGGGCACGAUCGGUCUGUUCAAGCCGACCCCCGAGCGCAACAUAGUGGUGGAAAGUCUCAAGUUAUACCACAAGCUACACCAGCAGGGUCACGAAAUUGGCCUGCGAAGAUGUGGCAGUCUUAAUUUAGCGCAAACCCACGACCGCAUGAUAGCGCUGCAACGGCGGGCCGCGUACAUUCUACCGACCGGUAUGCAGUGCGAGCUGGUCGACUCGGAGACGGUGAAGAAGCUGCAUCCAUUUCUGCACACCGAAGAUCUCCAGGGAGCCGUCUAUGUUCCGGACGAUUGCAUCGCGGAUUCGGCCGCUGUCGUACAGGUGUUGGCCGACGAAGCGAAGCGAAUGGGUGUAAAAUAUUUCGAAGGCUGUGAGGUGAAAUAUAUAAAAACAAAAAAUGGGCGAGUUGAUGCAGUGGACACGGACGUCGGAACCAUCAGCUGCGAGUACUUCGUGAAUUGCAGUGGCAUGUGGGCCCGGGAGCUCGGCCUCAAAUGCAAACCACCCGUACGCAUCCCGGCCUAUCCCGCACAGCAUUACUACGCCCUAACUCCCAACAUCAACCUGCCAACGGACGACGACAACCUUCUGCCGUGCGUUCGCGAUUACGAUUCCAAUCUAUACGUGCGACAGCUUGACCAAUCGCUGCUGAUCGGAUGGUUCGAGAAGGAGGCCAAACCGGCGUUCGAGGAAACGAAGGACAUCCCGAAAGAAUGGCAAAGUCAUCUGCACCAGGACGCCCGGCAUUGCGCGCCUCUGUGGGAGAAAGCGGUCGAUCGAUUGCCGGUGCUGCGUGACAUGAGUAUGUCAACGGUUCGUAAUAGCCCCGACAACUUUACCCCGGACGGACGGUUGAUUUUCGGUGAGUCGGCCGAGGUGAAAAACUAUUUUGUAGCGUGUGGGAUGAACGGGAACCCUCUGCAAGGAUCGGGUGGCGUCGGGAAGGCACUCGCGGAAUGGAUCAUCAGCGGGAAGCCCACGAUCGAUAUGCUGCCGUUCAAUGUGCAACGAUUUUUGGAUUUACACAACAACCGGCAGUAUCUGCAGCAGCGUAUCCGCGAAGUCGUUGGCCGGCAGUACGCCAUACUCUAUCCGAACCAGAGCGAGUACAAAUUCUCCCGCAAAUUGCGCUGUUCCCCGCUGUACAGUGUACUGGAAGCCCGGGGGGCAGUUUUUGGCACCAAGAUGGGAUACGAAAGGGCUCUGUACUUCGAUGCAGACUAUCGAAGAGGAGAUCCACUGCCUUCCCUACCGGAGGGGAGUUUCUACAAGCCAAAAUUCUUCCACAACAUGGAAAAAGAAUAUCAAGCAUGUGCCCAGCACGUCGGCAUCAUCGAUAUAUCGUCGUUCUCAAAGAUUGAAAUCAAACCGGGCGUCCAGUCGGAGAUGCCUUCGGGUGGGAAUGCCGUGCUGAACUAUCUGCAAAAAAUGUGUGCCAACGAUGUGAACAUUACCGUUGGCCAUAUCGUGCAUACCGGAAUGCUAAACGAUCGUGGUGGAUAUGAGAACGAUUGCAUGCUGAUAAGACAAUCGGAGGAUAGUUACUUCAUGAUCUCGCCGUCCUCGCAACAGACGCGUAUUUACGAAUGGAUGUCCCGGAACCUUCCCACCGAUGGCUCGGUUAUGCUGAACGAUGUUACCUCCAUGUAUACCGUGAUAAAUGUCGUUGGACCGAAGUCCACGCCCCUGAUGAGCGAACUGUCCAACUCGGACGUACGGUUGGCUCCAUUCACCUACAAGAAGCUCAACAUUGGCUACGCGAGCGAUGUAAUGAUCAUGUCCUUUACGCACACCGGAAUGCCCGGAUACUGUCUGUACGUUCCGUCCGAGUACGCGCUACACGUGUACGAUCGCCUGAUGACCGUCGGAAGAGACUACGGGGCCCGCGACGUGGGAACACUGACGCAACGAUUUCUGCGCAUCGAUAAGUUCAUUCCGUUCUGGGGUGAUGAAUUGACCAGCAUGACGACACCAUUCGAGGCGGGCGUGUUUUACUCGGUACGAUUGGAUAUUUCCCAAUUGAAGAAAAAAGAAAAUUUCAUCGGUCGACAAGCGUUGGAGCGGCAGAAAAGGGAUGGCCUGAAGAAGCGAUUGGUGCUAUUCCACGUGGAAGACAUCGACAUCGAGAAGGACGUUUGGCCUUGGGGAGGUGAACCGUUGUAUCGAAAUAGUGAGUUUUGUGGUACCGUCACUUCAGCUGGCUACGGGUUUGCGUCGGAAAAACUUGUCUGCCUGGGAUACAUUAGCCGGCCGGAAAGUAAUGCUCUACAGACCAUAACUACUGAGUUCAUUAUGGAUAAAGACGCGGUCUAUCAUAUAGACAUAGCUGGCAAACGGUUCCGUUUGGCACAACAUAUCCAUCCUAAAGCAGCCUUGGCCAGUGCCAUCGAGCGUGAGCAUCGUAGUAAAUCCUACCGACCGACCGUUGUUAAGGUGAAGAAACAGUACCUAAAAAAUAGUCGAAAUUAA